AACAAGCAAAAUAAAAUAAUAUUAUCCUAGCAAGCUAGUCUCCUGUUCUUUGUUUCCGCAUCAAACUACCCGCCUGCGAACCUGAUCCUCAUAAUUUCUUAGAACAUUUUGGCGUAGUCGGCAGGAUCAAUCGCAAUUGAGGAGGGAUUUUGAUGCGAAACAAUGUUUGGGAAAAGGAAUAAGAAACCAGAAGGGCAGGCCGAGGCGGUUGCGGUCCCAGGAUGGCAAGGGCCGUGGCAUAGUGUAGCGGCCUGUUUGCGGAAGGGUGGGGGGCGACCGGAAAACUGGGAGGCCGAAGGCGUAGGAACCACCCCAGGGUCGCUGCUGUCCACCCUUGAGAAAAUCCCGGUCCCCUCAAGGAACCCCUUGCCAGGGAUCCAGAGGCGGAUGUGGGCUUGUGCGGCGGCUUGUAAGCAGCAGUCUGACAGGCGUCAGAAGUUGGAGGCUGAAAUAGCAACCCUUAAGCAUGAGCAGGGGCUCAGUAGCGGGGAUGCCUCCGUGUUAAGACAAGAAAUUAUAAAACUAAAGGCAGAAAUAGCAGCACUAACGGAAUUAGCGGGGCGGGCGAUCACACAUUUGUCGUCUAGUAAGCGGAAGAGUGAGCGAAAGCGCCCGCGCUCCGUGAACCCCACUCAAAUAAGGGCGUUUGUGACACAGCUAAAUAAUGGGGACGGCUGGGAUAUUGACCACUGGGACGGGAAUAUAUGGGGGGACUCGGAUGAUCAGUACGAAGAUGAGCUGCCACCCCAGGUGCGAGCGAAUCCGGUCGUCCGGAGAAAACAGGUUCAGAGACGGCCUCCUGUUAGGUUCGAAGUGCCGGACCAUGUAAUGGUCUCCCACUACAUUGACGAUAUAAUGAUACAAGGUAGUGGGCAGGCCCAGAUACAAACACUGUUGGACGCAUUAGUCCAACACAUGAAGGGGUACGGAUGGGAAAUCAACCCGGCAAAGAUACAAGGGCCUUCCCAGACUGUGAAGUUCCUGGGGAUAAUUUGGAAUAAAGGGGAACGAGAAGUUACCGAGAAGGCCAGGGAUAAAAUUCAGGCCUUCGCAGUUCCUCACACGCAAAAGGACGUACAGCAAUUUAUCGGACUAUUUGGCUUUUGGAGGCAACAUAUACCACAUUUGGGACAGAUACUGAGACCAUUAUACCAAAUUACCAGGAAGAAGGCAGAGUUUGAAUGGACUAACAACCAUCAACUCGCCUUCGAGAUGGCCAAACAAGCGAUACAGCAGGCUGUAUCCCUAGGAAAAAUACAGUCAGGACCGGUCGAAUUGCAGGUUUCGGCACAGGGAGACUAUGCAAAUUGGAGUCUAUGGCAAAAACAAGGACGCGUAAGGAAGCCGUUGGGGUUUUGGUCUCGUAAACUACCCCCGGCGGGGGGGAGGUACACCCCCUUUGAGAAACAACUGUUGUCCUGCUACUGGAGCUUGGUGGAAACCGAGGCCCUGACAGCGGGACACGAAGUAAUUAUGAGAACGGCUAUACCCAUUCUCCCGUGGGUAAUGAGUGAUCCCACUACACAUAGGAUAGGGACGGCCCAAGAAAGUAGUAUCAUCAAAUGGAAAUGGUAUGUGUCAGAAAGGGUGAAGACUGGGCAGAAGGGGGUGUCAGUCUUACAUGAGCAAGUGGCGGAGGCCCCUGAGGGAGGGGAAGUGAGAUUCGAGGUGAUUGAAUACACAGAAUCACCUGUGAAACUUGGGAAAAGGUACGAUGAGCUGACGUCGGAAGAGCAAGCCACUGCUUGGUUCGUGGACGGCUCGGCUCAAUGGAAGUCAGGACGGCGUAGGUGGAAGGCCGCUGCGUAUAAUCCAAAGCAAGGGAUUACAUUGGAAGAAUUGGGAGAGGGUAAGAGCAGCCAGUGGGCCGAGCUCAAGGCGGUGCAUAUGGUAAUCAUGCAGGCCGGAAUUAUUGGGGUACACCUAUUUUCCGAUUCAUGGUCAGUAGUUAACGGGAUGACUCAGUGGAUGCCCACAUGGCAGGCCAAUCAGUGGAUGAUCCAAAGUUGGGAAGUAUGGGGUAGGCCGCUGUGGGAGGAAAUUUGGGAGAAGGCCCAGCAUUUAAGGAUAUUUAUCACACACGUGGACGCCCACACGUCCCGAAAUGACGCAGAAGCCCUCCAUAACCGAUAUGUUGACGGCAUAGUUCGAGCUAUGGUAAUACAGAGGGACACCUCGGUGGACCUAGCCAGAUGGGCACACCAAAAGGCUGGGCAUUGGGGGGUACAAGGGACUCUACAAUGGGCCCGGGAUCGGGGUAUAGACCUGCUGGUAGACGAUGUAAAAACCGCAGUGAAUCAGUGUGAGCAAUGCCAACACCAAAGACAGGGAGUGCCUCAGCAUAUGAUGGGGCACAUUCACCGAGGAGACAACAGUGGCCCCGGGCUGCGCACUGACCAUUCACACCCGGGUGAAUAUGUGUUCCGAAGGACAGUGUCAUGAGGGUGGUAUUGAAUGGACUAUUAUUACCGCCAACGACGAAAUGAGGAUUACCAAUGGGACGCCAAUCACUGGCAGAGGCCCAAUGGACUGGUUAAUCAGGGGAGAGUCUGGCAUCCCAAAACAUCAACCACCUUCCGACUGCCAGUCAUACCCGAAUGUAACCCUAAACGGCGACGACGGGCAUGGUACGAUACCUUGUUAGGAGGGGCAGGGACAGUAAUGGGGAUAUCCAAUGCUAUAGACUCUGAAGUGACCCGUACUAAAUUAUCCAGUACGGGGCAAGCAAUUGCACAAGGCCUGUACACUAUUGGCCGAUGGAUGCCGUCGGCCAUGAUGACGCAGGAAGAGACUGCACGAAUUUUGCUGCAUUCCUUAAAAUGGGAAUUGGACGUGUGGGAUUCGACUCAACGGCUGUUCCAAAAUUUUACUGUACAGAUGAACUGGACAAUUUGCGGUAUCCAAAUGCUGCAUGCACAUUUGCAAAAAGAACGAUUUUUACGAAUAGUCACUUCGCCUAAUGUUUAGGCCUGGCGAGGGGUGUGGAACGUAUCUGAGAAAUUAUGGAUGAACACCUAUCCGGACAAAACAUGGUGUAAUGCAACGCUGUGUAAAGGACAUUUUGUAACCUUGAAUGUAACUGAUUUUGUGACGGUGUGCCGAUAUUACGUAUUGCCGGUCAUUACAUCUGAUGGAUAUUACUUUCUCAAAACAAAAGGGAAUUGGUUCAGUCCGGACACCAAUCUUACCUAUGACUUGUCCGCGUGUGAGCAGGCGGAUCAAGGAAAGGCCUGUCUGUUGAUGGAUCGAUAUCGAGACCCGUGCCUUACAGAAGACACGGCUUUGUGUGAAUGGAUGAUUGAGGCACCCCGAGAUAUGAUGUGGCAGAUUGGUCCCCAUACGCUCUGUGUGGCCACUAGUCAUGCCCAUGCCUUACUCCCGACGACCCCUUUUUCAGGUUGCCUUACUGGCAUCUAUCGAUGGCGGUGGCAGAACCAUACUUACCUAUUGACCAAUUACAGCGGAACGCAACACCUCACCACUAUGCAGUGGCAGGUAUGGCUGCACCCUUGGAGUAUCUCGCUAGAGCGUUUUAAACAGGCCCUCGAUCGCUCGGAAGAGCUAAAGCAGAUAUUGCGACAACAUCAAAUCAAUGUUACCCGGGUGACUGUGUCCACCUUUAUACAUGGCCAAAAGGUAGUACACGCUGCUCAUGUAGUAGAGGUGGAAUCCGCCCAUCACUGGUGGGAUCUGUUCAAUGGGCUGUCAACUACGGCACGACGUUCCCUAUUUCCUCCGUUGUUCAUUUUAAUCGGAGUUUUAGUGAUUCUGACCUGUUGUAAUAUACUGACCUGUACGUAUGUUUGCCGUGUGCGGCAGCAACUGGAACAAAACAUGUACAUGUUAUAACAAUGUAUUGCUUAUUAUUAUGUAUUUGUAUAAUCGUUACAUGUAUUGGGCCAAUCAGUGGAAUGUAAUAUAAGGGGUUAACAUGGUGUCCCAAUACAUGCAAGAUUGGAUCCAGGCACCAGUUGACCUUGAACACAAGACGUUGCUAAGAGACUUCCUGUUAUCUACUGAAGGGAGUCGGAGCCGAAACCGCAUGGGAACAAUGCCCAGUACUAAACAAUGUGUUGGACGAGUGCCCAACGCGGACUCAGUGAACUCGGCAAGUAGCGCAUAUAUAAGCCUGGAAAGUCCCCAGUUCGGGGAGUCUGCUCCGGGUUAAGCUAAUCGCUGAGCGUGGGUCACAGGCGGCACCUCCGCAGAACUGACGGCUCCCAGUUCCAGUAAUUCGUGGAGUAAGUAUAUAGCCAAUUAUGCCAGACCCGUUGUGAGUAUCGGACCUGGUUUCUAUCCUAUAUAGGCUAGGUAGGAAACAAGCAAAAUAAAAUAAUAUUAUCCUAG